AUUAAGCCAUUUUCUGUCAUUACAAAGCGUCAAAUUCUCUUCUAUUCUUUCGUAGUUCAGCGAGCAAAUCUCUCUACUCUUGAUUAAAAAGAGAGGAGAACAAUGAAGAGCGGUGAUCACUCAACCAUUGAUGUUCCAGAGUCAGGCGCUGUUGCAAAAGGCAAAGCACCUCUGAUUGCUACUCCCAGGGAGCAAAAGAGUGGAUUGAAGAAAGGAAUGGGCAUUUUCGACUUCCUUCUGAGACUAGGAGCCAUAAUUGCAGCUCUAGCUGCUGCUGCUACCAUGGGAACGAGUGAUCAAACUCUUCCUUUCUUCACUCAAUUCUUCCAGUUCCAAGCUAGUUAUGAUGAUCUCCCCACAUUUACGUUUUUUGUGAUCGCAAUGGCACUAACUGGAGGCUACCUCGUCCUUUCCCUCCCUUUCUCCAUAGUUACCAUCGUCCGUCCUCAUGCAGUUGCACCAAGACUCCUCCUUUUCAUUUUGGACAUUGUGGCAUUGACUCUGACCACGGCUGCCGGUGCGGCGGCAGCAGCCAUAGUCUACUUGGCUCACAACGGGAAUCCUAACACAAACUGGCUAGCCAUCUGCCAACAAUUUGGAGAUUUUUGCCAGAAAGUGAGCGGAGCUGUGGUGGCAUCUUUCGUGACUGUUGUGGUCCUCAUGUUGUUGAUUCUACUUUCUGGUUUUGCUCUCAAAAAGCCCUGA